AUGAUUUCUCUCAUUUUCUUCAUUGUCUUCCUCUUCUCAUCGUCACCCUCUUUCCAAGCUUCUGCUUUAGAUUUCUGUGUUGCAGAUAAAGCAGGUCCGAUCGGUCCCAAUGGAUUUUCUUGCAAAGAUCCCAAGAAAGUCACAGUGGAUGACUUUGUUUUCUCUGGCUUACAUGUUCCCGCCAACAGCACAAACUUGUUCAAGUUUGGAUUCAAACCUGUGUUCGAUGCUCAGCUUCCUGGCCUCAACAGUCUUGGAUUCUCCAUCGCUCGUGCAGACUUUGAGAAAGGUUCAGUUGUGCCGGUGCAUUCACAUCCUGGAGUUUCAGAAAUCACUUUUCUAUUGGAAGGAAAAGUAAACUUCGGGUUCAUUUCAUCAGACAACACAGUGUAUCAGAAAUCUCUCGUCAAAGGAGAUGUUUUCGUUGUUCCUCCUGGUUUACUGCACUUUGCCUUCAAUGAAGGGGACACUUCAGGAACAGCAAUUGUAGGGUUCAGUAGUUCAAGCCCUCCGGUUCAAGUUUUGGACCUCGCACUGUUCCAAAGUAAGUUGGCAACUCAAGUGGUAGCAUCGACCACUUUGAUUGAUGUUAAUGAAGUGAAGAGACUUAAGGGUGUUUUUGGAGGCUCGGGAUGA